UUGUGAACCCGGCCUGGUCCGACCCAAAAUGUAUAUCAAUGUAUGUAACCAUUGUACGACGCGAAAGGAGAGAUGGAAGCUUUCAACUUCAAUAGAACCAACAAGUGGAAGAAGAGACCCUCUCACAGAUUCUCACUCCUCCCAAUCUCUCUCCUCACCCUCCUCUUCGCUCUCCUCCUCUUCAUCUCCUACAGGCACUUUUCCAAUUCCCUCCUUCCUAUUUCAAAGAAUUCGGAACCAGCCCAAUUGCCCCAAUGCAGGUCACAGAAAACCCUAGGAGAGAAGUUUCUCUGGUACGCCCCCCACAGUGGGUUCAGCAACCAGUUGUCCGAGUUCAAGAACGCUAUUUUGAUGGCUGCGAUACUCAAUCGAACCCUAAUCGUCCCUCCGAUUCUGGAUCACCAUGCGGUUGCUCUCGGCAGUUGCCCCAAAUUUAGGGUUUCGAGCCCCAAAGAGCUUCGAUUUUCUGUCUGGAAUCACAUCAUUGAGCUCCUUCAGAAUCACAGGUACAUAUCCAUGGCUGACAUAAUUGAUCUUUCAUCACUAGUGUCUGAUUAUGCAGUUCGGGUAAUUGAUUUUAGAGUCUUUGUAUCUACGUGGUGCGGGGUGAACAUGGACUUCGCUUGCUUUAAUGACUCAAAAAUUCAGUACUCUUUGUUUGACACCCUAAAGCAAUGUGGGUCUCUACUAUCUGGGUACAAUGGUAAUGUAAAUAAUUGUUUGUAUGCUUUAGAUGAAGAUUGCAGAACAACAGUUUGGACAUACCAAAAAGGUGGUGAAGAUGGGUUACCAGACUUAUUUCAACCCGAUGAGCAACUUAAGAGGAAAAAGAAAAUUUCAUACUUUAGGAGACGUCAAGAUGUAUAUAAGACCCUUGGACCGGGUUCCAGAUCUGAAUUGGCCACUGUUUUGGCAUUUGGAAGCCUUUUUACUGCCCCAUAUAAAGGUACUGAGCUAUAUAUUGAUAUCCAUGAAACUCCAAGAGAUCGAAGAGUACAAUCUUUGAUUGAGAAAAUUGAAUUUCUGCCAUUUGUCCCUGAAAUCAUAAGCGCGGGGAAGGAGUUUGCUUUACAGACAAUUAAAGCUCCUUUUCUGUGUGCACAACUUAGAUUGUUAGAUGGACAGUUUAAGAACCACUGGGAGGCUACUUUUCUGGGGUUAAAACAAAAGAUAGAAUCAUUAAAGCAAAAACAUUCUCAGCCAAUUCCUAUAUUCUUGAUGACUGAUCUUCCUAAGGGUAAUUGGACUAAGAGUUACUUGGGGGAUUUAGAAAGAGAUUCUGAUGGGUUUAAGCUGUAUUUUCUGAGAGAUGAAGAAGAGUUAGUAAUAAGAACUGCAAAGAAUCUUGCUGCUGCUGGGCAUGGCAUGAAGUUUGGGCUUGGUCCGAGAAGUGUUGACAAGAUGGAGAAGCAUUGCCGUAGUCAAAUGUUUCCUGGUAUACUUCUAUACAUAGAAGAAGCUGUUUGCAGCUGCGCUUCACUUGGUUUUGUCGGGACUGCUGGAUCAACUAUUGCUGAGAGUAUAGAACUGAUGAGAAAAUAUGACAUAUGUUCUAGUCAAAGUCACACUAAAUUGUAGCUAUUGUUGGCUUUCUGUAUGAUGGAUUCAGAUUCAUUUAAGAUGGACUUCGUCUUCUCAUUUCAGAGAUAAAUAUCACCAGUUGCAAGUACAACUAAAAAUCUGGUCACACACAUUGGAUGAUGCAAGCUUGAAAAGUUUGAGCCUUCUAUAUUUUUGUGGUGGAAGUGAAACAUAAAGCGAGAGCAUUCUUCUGUCAAUUAGUUCUAAAUCAUGAUUCUUAACAACUCAGCCAGCAGGAGUCGGCAGAAAUUUUUUUUGGUUCAAGGGAUGGUACCAAUUGACCAAGUCAUUGGAAAUGAUAGUAUGAGGGAGCUGCAGUUCUUAUAGGAUGGACGUUCCCUACCUUUUGACAAGAUUCAUACGCAAAACAAAGAAUUCUGCGCAAUCAGAUUUGAAAGGUAAUGUUUUUGUUAGUGGUUUCAAAUGUGUGCUUCACUAUUUGAACUAUCCCAAUUAAGUUGGAGCUAGUGAGAGUAUUUAUAUCACUCUAACGGGAUUGAUUGAAGUAUAUCUAGUUUAAGUAUACUGUGUGAAAUUACUUAAUAUAUUUGGAUUUUCCUAA